GUUCAAGAGACGAAUUUAACCAAACGUCCACCCUUUAAUGUUUCUGGUAACGGACUAAAGGUAAGACUUUUUCAAAAGAAAUAUUUUAUUUGAUCGAGCAAAGAACGAGGAACAAAGGUUAUAGUAGUUUUUGUCUUAAACUACUCUAAAGCAGAAAAGAGCUAUAAAACGGAUGUUUAUAGAAUGAGCUAUGAAAUUUUUCAUGAUGUUGUGAUGAUGUUGGUAAUAUGAUGAUAUUUAAUGUAACAAAUCAUCACAAUAGUAGAUGGUAACUUUAUAAAAAGUUAUAAAAUGAAAUUCACAGCCUGCCUCGUAGUAUAACAAGUAAACACAGAUUUGUGUCAAACAUAAUUGAAUGUUGAUGAAAACAAUACAGUUUGAAAUGAAGGUCCCGACAGUAAAAAAGAUAUCAGCAUUUUACAGUACAGUCACUUUUAUGAUAAGCUCCUCUUAAUCUGUUUUCUUUUACUAUGUGAUGUGGUAUAAUUGCGAAGGACGCAUUUUGGGAUGGGAUCGCUAACAAAUCUAUAGUGAGAUUAAAUGAAAAUCAUAACCGGCCACAGUCAGUGUUUUAUGUUAUUACGACAAUGUUUUAGAUACACUAGGUAAGGACAGCAAAUUAAGGGAAAAUUACCCUUGAUCUAAUACGGUAAGUUUCGAUAUUCAUGUUUGCGAUAAUUCUAAUACCUGAGACCGGAUCAGAGGCGUGAAUGAUGGUAACUUUUGACACCAUGGCAACAAAUAAGAGAUCAUAAAAAAACUGAUACAAAAAACUGUUUGUUUGAAGUAUUUUUUCCCAGUGUGUAUUUUGAACCUAGCCGCUUUGGAACGGAUGUCAUGUUACUGCAAACUAAAACCACUCAUAAUGGAAUAUAAAUCCGAUUCGAUAAGCUAAUGAACAGUGCCUUUCGAAAAUCUUCUCUUCCCCUCUGAUCUUGAACAAAAAAUCUAAGUAAAAGAUCCACAACAUCUCAAAGUGUGUCAUUACAAUACAUCAGCCCAAAACAAUGUUUUAUUAUGCAAACGUUUUUUUGUUGCGAUACAACCACGAAAUGCAAAUUUGGAAAUGAUAAACUCAUUUCAAAUUCGUUGACAUGAGAAAGGAAGUUUACCUUUGAAGGCCAAAAACAUAAUUCCAGCGUUGCUGAAGUGGUUUAGUUCAUAAGUUAAGUGCCAUAAAGUUUUAAUCGAGCAGAAAAUUUAAUUGGAAGUGAUUAGUCAGGGAGCAAGAAGGAAGAAACAUUUUCCAGCUAGUAUCGUUCAUCUUUGGGAGCAGGUACUAAAUAUGACAAACAUUUGAGACAUUUCUGCUGAAUAAACGUUUCAAACAUAUACUGUUAACAGUAGGUUAGUAAGAUUGUGUUAUAGAAUUUUCAAGCUCUGUUUAUCUUUUUUUUUACCCAAAUUAAAUUUGUAGGCUAAAUAGAGCGUAGGAGAAAGCUGAAUAGGAUAAGGGAAAUUUUGAUAUUUUAAGUGUAAGACCUAACAAAGCUUUCAAGGUAACCUGAGAAAGCAGCCUAACUUAAGAGGCGCCACUACCGAUUCAUUCAGUCUACCUCGGUGAAUUACACCAGAAGUAUAACAGCCGCCGCCCCGAAACUUCAGCUGCCUUCUCAGGCUACUUUCAACGAUGUUUGCAACUUUUAUAUAUUCCUUUUUCCCAGAUGUCUCUACAGGAGGUAAAUGACCUCUUAGUCAAACCCUAUUAUGAGUAUACGUAAUUAGAAAUUUUUAUUUUCCCGCCAGCGUCAAAUGAAUUUUAGUUAAUGGCCCUCAUGUUGUUUUUUAACAUGUAAAAUGCCGUGUGUAACUAAAACAGUUGGUUGCGUAGGCUUGGAGGUUAGAUUUUCCAUUAAAAAAAGUGUCAGAGUCCAGAGAUUUGCCGCUAAAUACAACAUUUCUUUAUUUUUCAGAGAGAAAGUUUACAUAGCUGCCAUUCAUUCAUUUUUACGGAUGUUUAUCCCGUUCUGGUGUAGGAUUUUGUUGAAUUAAUUAAUUUGUUGAAAGCAUGCCGGAUCAAACAUUCUUGCCUUCUUUAACGGAUAACAAAGGACCAGAUGAUAAACAAAGCGCAAAAAUGGGCGCUAAAAAGAAGAGUUUGCGUCAAAGAAAGGUGAACGGCGAUCGUAUGUUUGUUAGCUUUCCUGAAGUCGCGAAGACCAUCCGAGUGGCAAAAAAAACCGUGAAAUCCUUCGCUGUGAAUUCUUCUUCGUCGAAAACAUCGUCCUUAAAAACCGAAGACAUGUCGAAUAGGAAGAAAACUGGCGAAAAUCUUUCGGAUCUGAAUAAAGACCAACUCAGGAAACAGUUGCGACUGCCUUCACUUGUGUUGACGCCAACCUCGGAAAGAAGAAUGUCCGAAGAGCGAUGGAGCAACGCAUUGGGUUUAAGAGAUCGCUACGAAAUACCACGCGGUGUUUUAAACAAACUAACAAACGAAAUCUUCAAAAUUGACCAACAAUUAAGAGAAGAGGCAAAAAUACGUCAAAUUAGAGAACAACGAAUGGCUUUUGACGUUAAAAAGCCGAAACUUUUAUCAUCUGAACUGAAUGAUUUCGAACGGACUUCUCGUCCAGGAUUUUCGUAUUUUCCAUGUAUCGGCAAGUCUGUAGUAGACCUUCCAGCGUCCAAUGAACUUUUCUGGAUAGAAGACAGAGAACAAGAGAGAUUGUUAAGGGAGGAAAAGAUGAUCCAAAGAAAAAUGAGAGAAUUUAAAAACCGUCAUUCGCAUUUUAACCCCAGGGUCUAA